CCAGGGGCAGGAGGUGGAAGGUGGCACAGUUUGGGCCGGGCCUCCCACCCUCACUGCCUCCACUUAAACCCCCACUUCCGCCUGCCUGCAUCCCAGGCCUAACAGAUGAGUUCCGUGAGCGCCCCAGGCGAUUCUCUGAGGGCCACAGAAGGAUGCGGGACCCCGGGCGGAAGGCAGGGCCUCCAGAGGGAAGGUGCACUGCAGACGGUGGUGUGGGUCUUCCCAGGCAGGUGCCAGAGCCAAGGGAGACGGUGGGGCAGAGAAGAGAGGGCAGGCCAAGCUGGCAACCAGCUUCCCACCAUACGAUGCGCGGAGCCUCCCAGCGCGCAGUCCGCCUCCCCAAAGCUGCAUCCUCUGACCUGGCCAAGGCGGGCUGCAGAGAUGAGACCCCCCUCCCAGCAGGUGGCACGGCCCUGGCUCUUCAGCCCGGAGGUCAACCGUUCUUCCAAAGGCCUGGCCCCCUCAGCUCCGGGCCUGGCUUGGGUUGUUCCCAAUGCAAAGCAACAGCGGCCCCGGGGUCUGCGGACGGGGAGCACCAGCUCUCGGCCAGGCCAGAGUCGGGGUAGGAGGCGAAUCCUGCGCGGUCGGUGGCGGCCCCAGGUGGGUGCGGUGCGCGGGCAUGAAGCGGCAGCACGACCCCCGACUUUGCAUCUGGACUUUUCUGGUAACGGACCAGCUCCUUCUGCCGGCCAGGCCGGGGAGACCGCGUGGCUCAGGGGCUGCGGCGGCCACCGGCCCGGGCGUGGGCGCUUUAGGGGCACCGGGGCGGUCGGUCACCCGGGUUUCGCGGGCCGCAAGCUCGGAGACGCGCGUGUUCCGCGUUGGCUGCCUGACCCGAAAUGGCGCAGCCCCGUCAUCUCCAGCGCGCUGGUCGAAAGGAUCCGAGCCACCCGCCGGGACGGCCGGGCCGAGGCCACCUAGCGGGGUCGGCCUUGGGAGGGGACCCGGAGCCGCGGCUGGGCGCUCGCCUCGGAGGGCAGUGUCCCCUCUCCGACCCCGCGGUCCCCACCAGGGCAGCACACCCCGCCCGCUCCCGCCUCCGCAGGCGCCCAGGGCUCGCAGGCUCGGAGCGGCCUCCGCCUCUGCCGGACCACCCAGGGCCGCCCCGCCGGAGAGGCCUCCCCGCCCCCGAGCCCUGGGUCACGUCCGGAAGGCCCGGGGCCCCCGCGUCCGGCCACGCCAUCCGCCCGGCGGCCCCAGGGACUCAGCGCCGGGUUCAGCGCAGGCCCCGCCCAGCACUCCCGCCCCUCCAACUGCCCGGCCCCCGGGACCGCGCCCCCGCCCGCGCUCUCCACGCUCGCACCCGUAUGGGGAGGGCGGCCCGGGGUCUCCCAGCUCCAAGCCGCGGCCCCUCGGCGCGCGUUACCUGGACGUGCGCUGCCCGCAGACUCUGGACGAGCUGGGCCCGGGCGUUGCGCGGCGGAACCGACCCUGUCCUGGACCGCAGGCAGCAGCUGACCCCGCGCCACCGGUCUGCGGGCGAGACCUCGGCUUGCUGAGCGAGAGCGAGAAGCGGCCCUUCGUGGAGGAGGCAGAGCGGCUUCGCGUGCAGCACAAGAAGGACCACCCCGACUACAAGUACCAGCCACGGCGCAGGAAGAGCACGAAGGCCGGCCAGAGUGAUUCGGACUCGGGUGCUGAGCUGGGACCCCACCCUGGCGGCGGUGCUGUGUACAAGACCGAAGCAGGGCUUGGAGAUACGCACCACCACGGCGACCACACAGGGCAGACCCACGGGCCGCCCACCCCACCCACCACCCCCAAGACGGAGUUGCAGCAGGCGGGCGCCAAGCCGGAGCUGAAGCUGGAGGGACGCCGGCCGGCGGACAGCGGGCGCCAGAACAUCGACUUCAGCAACGUGGACAUCUCGGAGCUCAGCAGCGAGGUCAUGGGCACCAUGGAUGCCUUCGACGUCCACGAGUUCGACCAGUACCUGCCCCUGGGCGGCCCCGCCCCACCCGAGCCCGGCCAGGCCUAUGGGGGCGCCUACUUCCACGCCGGGGCGUCCCCCGUGUGGGCCCACAAGGGUGCCCCAUCAGCUUCUGCGUCGCCCACCGAGACAGGUCCCCCGCGGCCGCACAUCAAGACGGAGCAGCCGAGCCCCGGCCACUACGGCGACCAGCCCCGAGGCUCGCCCGACUACGGUUCCUGCAGCGGCCAGGCCAGCGCUGCCCCGGCCGCCCCCGCCGGCCCCUUCACCGGCGCACAGGGCGACUACGGCGACCUGCAGGCCUCCAGCUACUACGGAGCCUACCCCGGCUACGCGCCCGGCCUCUACCAGUACCCCUGCUUCCACUCGCCGCGCCGGCCCUAUGCCUCGCCCCUGCUCAACAGCCUGGCCCUGCCGCCCUCCCACAGCCCCACCAGUCACUGGGACCAGCCGGUGUACACCACCCUGACCAGGCCCUGAGGGCCCGGCUGCAGGGAGGGACUCGCCGGCGUUGGGGGGCAGCCUUGUCCCGGCCUGGCAGGGACGGCCUCCCAGUGUGCGUGGCCAGGGCAGGCGGGCCGCGGUGGCUGAGCUCCGUCAAGUGCCAGCUGAAGUGUGCAGGGAAAUGUGCUUUUGCCUCCCGUGGCUCUCGGCCUCCAGAUGGCCACACCUCCGCCAAUGGACGAGCUCUCUCUCCCUUCUCUCUCUCUUUUUGAGGUGGCGGGAUGAUUCCGCAAAGAAGGGCCACCAUUUGGUGCCUCUUCUGUGAGGACUGGCGGCAACACCACCUUCGGUUUGCAUCUCGGUAGAGGAGAAACGGCAGCGCAGCCCAAGGACCAAAGGAGGGGGUGGCAGGGACCUUGCAGGGCGCUCUGAGGUCCAGGCCCUGAGGUCCAGGCUGGCCUCGGUGCUGAGAACCCCUGCACGCACGGCCUCAUUCCCUCGACGACAGCUGCACGGGCUGUCCGGGAUCCAGGGUGUCUGUCUGCAGACCCUCUGGGACGCGUCUGCUCCAGCAUCUCCGCGACCCGCCUGUCAGAUCUGAGGCGUCUCCUUGCUGGCAGAGUGCGCCCACGCAAGGUCUGGCUGGGAUUAACACGUCUCUCUUUUAUUUUUAUGUUUUUGAUAAUUUUUAUUUUUGAAGCUUAAAUGUGUUUCUUUUGAAAGCUGUUAAAGAUGUAUUUAUAUUCUGUAUUAUUUUAUCUUUAAUUAAUUAGGUAAUUUGGGCAAAGAGUAGAAUUUAAGAGAAAACAGAAGCUGGGAGGCUUCCCUUGAGGGCAGGCAGGAGGUGGGAUUGCAGCUGUUGGCCGGCAUCACAUUGCUUAGCUUCUGGGAGGCCGCCCUGGAAGGCCCGGAGGUCCCAAGGUCCCUGGGAGGACUGGACCCCUCAUGCCUCUAGCUUGGCAGCUGAAAACCCGAGGGAGGAGAAGGGACUUGCCUUGUGGCAUCUCUGAUCAGGUUAGGGUGCCCAGCACCCAGUAUCAGUUUGGGGUUUAGGAAGCAGGACUCUGUCCCUGCCCACAACUGUGCCACGUGGUAGGACACAGGAAUUCCUGGGUCCCUGCCCACGACUGUGCCACGUGGUAGGACACAGGACACAGGAAUUCCUGGGAAGUGAUAGCUUCAGAAGUGAUCUUGGCUCGCAGGCACCAAUGCCACGUACCAAGCUGUGAAACUAAACCUUCUCCACUAAACGUCGUUAGGGCCUUAGUUCUAGACGAGUAAUACCUGAUUUACCUGCACUGCUCCCCGUGUGCCGAGCACAGAGCAUACGAUAGCACCUACUUCACGCAAACUUGUGCCUUUAAACUUUGUAAAUUUAAAUACACCCGAGAAGUUGCUUCUUUUUACUUUUUCUACUUUUCCUACCUUUUUGUAGAAAAAAAAAAAUAAUAAUGUCUCUGCUUCUAUUUCUCUGGGAGUGGGGGCAGGGAGCCGCCGCAGACCUGUUUCAUGCAGCGUCUCCCUCGGCACCGCGUUCGGAGGACGCACCCUCACUCGCCUGCUGCCUUCGCUGCUUUCUGACCAACGCUAACUUUUGUACAGAUCGAUUUGAUAAAAUUAAACAAAGUGCUUUUUAUGGA